GAAAAAACAUGCAGAGCAACUACAUAUAGGGUGCGAAUACUAGCCAGAAUGUUGGGAGCAAGUCCUAUAUCAUCAGCCUUGAUCAUCGGUCUUGAACACCAGCCAUACUUUUGAUACUCAAAUCUCACUACCUACCCUCUUAUCUUUUCCACUUCAUCGUUUAAACAAACGCUCUCGAAAAUGUCAGCCUUUGAUUUCUCAUCUACCGGGUCUGAAGUAGUCGCUGCUCUCCCAGAGCGAGUCUCAGGAAAGACCUUUGUUAUCACCGGAGCCAGCUAUGGUGGACUUGGCGCGCAUACAGCUCUCUUCCUUGCAGCUGCAAAGCCUGCUGAGGUCAUACUUCUUGGGCGUUCUGAAGACAAGAUUGCUCCUGUUUUAAAGGAAAUGAAGGAGAAGAGCCCUUCUACUGCAGCACGAUUCGUCAAAAUUGACCUCUUGUCCUGCGCCUCAGUCCGAGCUGCAGCGGCGGAAGUCAAUUCACUUGUCUCUAAGAUUGAUGUUCUUAUCAACAACGCAGGCAUCAUGGCUGUCCCAUUCGCCCUCACCCCUGAGAAUGUGGAGAGUCAUCUGGGUGCAAACCACAUUGGUCACUUCCUACUUACAAAUCUUCUCGUUCCGAAACUUGAAGCCGCAGGCGGUGCACGGGUUGUCAACGUGUCCAGUGCCAUGUACCAGUUCAGUCCUGUGCUCUUUGACAACUACAACUACUCUAAUGGCAAAACGUACAAUGCUUGGGAGGCCUAUGGACAGUCCAAGACGGCAAAUAUCUUGUUUUCUGUAUCACUGGCGAAGAAACUGGAUGUUAAGGGAAUCAAGUCCUUUUCGUUGCAUCCUGGUGUCAUAGCAGCAACAGGCCUGGUAUCUGGGGUAGAUCCGUCAGCGUGGGCCAUUGUAGGGCCUAUGGUUGAGAGCAAGAAGAUGGAGAUGCCAAAAGACAAGACUAUCGAGCAAGGGUGUGCAACCUCACUUGCUGCUGCCUUGGACCCAUCGCUUGACAAUUAUUCGGGUUCGUACCUUGACGACUGUAAGCCAAAGGAGGUCCAGGGCUACGCCUCUAGCGACUCGAACGCAGAGAAGCUUUGGACCCUGAGCGAGGAAAUUGUUGGAGAGAAGUUCACCUACUAGUCUACAAGCAAAGAUGACAAAGAUAAUCAAAAUAAAUAAGCAGGGUAGAGUCUAAAUUACAGUAGACAUAUGUGGUUGCACCGUAUAUAUGUACGUAG